CCUUAUUUUUGGUUGUCUCGGCUCCAAUUUCCCGCCUUUUUUUUUGUUUUUAAUUUCCGCUUUUUUUUGAAAGCCUUUGUCACCGCCACUCUUCUCACCAGCGAUGGCCGUCGAGCUCCGCGUCGCUGGCGCCAUCCGUUCCAUGGGCGAGUCUCGCCUUGUGACGGACGCGCGGGGUGCUCCAGCCACCUCAGGAAACAGCACGGAUGGCUCUCACGUCAGCGCAAACGUUGCGUGUUUUGCGCGCGUUUCAGCGAACGAACAACGUCAGCCUGUCGCAAGCCACCUCGCAGCGCCCACCUCCGCCACCUCCGCCACCUCGAGCACCACUCCAACUCUUCCUGCGACUGAUGAUACUAUUCAAAGCGAUAUGCGCGCCUGGGAAGAGACUGGACGCAGUGUCGCCUGGCAGACACGGGGCGAAACCGCAGUCCUGUCAAGCCAACCGCCGAUUGCCGAAAAUGGCAGUCUUCUGUCCUUGCACCACCGCUGCCGCCGUGAAGAGUCGACAGCCAUCUCCGACCUCGAGCAAGGAAUGAACGAGCUCUCCUUGCAGCGCAUGCAGGUCGAGGGGCUGCUGCGCAUGGCCCUGCACAAGGUUCUGCUGUCCCCGCCUCCCGUCCGAAAACAGCACCGCGCUGUCACACCUCCGCUUGCUGUCGUCCGAGCAACCGCGAACGCCGCCGCCGCCGCCACCACCACGACCACCACCGCUGCCGCAGCACCUGCUACUUCCACAACUGCUGUUGCCGACAAUGCCAAGAGCAUCCCCGACCGCGAGCCGACAUCGCCACGCCAACUCGAGCCGGCGCUGCGGCGGUCGGUGCUGCUCAACAACUCGCUCAAACGAGCCUGUCGUCAGCGCCGAGAAUUGGAGGAGCGUGAGUUCCAGGAGCGCGAACGCCUCGUCCAGCUGACUCGCGCUGCGCGGCAGGCAGCCACGAUGGCCAGCAACAUGGAGGAAAUGCUGCAUCUUGGCUUGGACGAUCUCUUGCGCGAAUUUGACAGCGAGGGCGAUGACGAUGACGGUGGCCUGCCGACCGUUCUGGAAGAAGAGCCCGAACCACCGCAGCAAGAAUCUCCCUCGACAACCAUGGUGCCCGACUCACCCAUCGCCCUGACACACGGCUCGAGCGCAUGCGCCACGCAACCGAGCAAUCUUGCUGCUGACCACCAUCGCCAAGCAGACCAAGAAAACCAAGCGGUUGCCAGCACAUCCCCGCAGUUCCAGUCACACCACUUGCUACAACAAGAACAGCAACAACAACAAGAGCAGCAACAACAACCACAGCAACAACAACAACACCAUCGUCGACAAAAGCGCUCUAGUGCCGGGCAACACGAGCCAGUUUCUCGUCGAUCUCUGACCCGGAGGAGUUUGAGCGUUUUGCACUGCCACAGACGCCAACCGGUGCCAAUCGUCGCAGAGUUUGAGUCCUUUGCCGGGUGCUGCUCCCCUCGCCAGCAUUUCGCUGCACCUCUGAAUCAUCGAGGAUGCAUUGCAUAAGGCAGCCUUGCGUUCCCUUUGUUUUCCUUGAUUCGUUUUCAUCCAUUUUACCUUGUCAAUACACGAUUGUUUUCUUUUUGCCA